UCUUGAUGAAGCAGAGACAGUUUAUUUACCAGUUCAAAAACGUGCGCUGGGCUAAGGGCCGCCAUGAGACCUACUUGUGCUACGUGGUGAAGCGGCGGGACAGUCCCACCUCCUUCUCACUGGACUUCGGGCACAUUCGAAACAAGGCCGGAUGCCACGUGGAGUUGCUCUUCCUCCGCUACAUCUCUGACUGGGAUCUGGACCCUGGGCGGUGCUACCGCGUCACCUGGUUCACGUCUUGGAGCCCCUGCUACGACUGUGCGCGGCACGUGGCCGACUUCCUGCGGGGGUACCCCAACCUGAGCCUGCGGAUCUUCACGGCGCGCCUCUACUUCUGCGACAAGGAGCGCAAGAACGAGCCAGAGGGGCUGCGGCAGCUGCACCGCGCUGGAGUCCAGAUCGCCAUCAUGACUUUCAAAGAUUAUUUUUAUUGCUGGAAUACUUUUGUGGAAAAUCGUGAAAGAACUUUCAAAGCCUGGGAGGGACUGCAUGAAAAUUCGGUUCGUCUGUCUAGACAGCUUCGACGCAUCCUUUUGCCACUCUAUGAGGUUGAUGACUUGCGGGAUGCAUUUCGUACUUUGGGACUUUGAUACCAACCUUCAAGAAUGUCACAUACAAAGAAGUAUCUGUGAAGAU